AUGUUGAUUGGCACGGUGAGGAGUGGAAGAGAGUUUAAAGGGCAAACAGAGUGGAACGUAACGUUCACCAAUCGAUGUAAAUGUCCUAUUAAGACGAUUGUGCUCUCGUGCCAAGGCUUUCAGAGUGCAGAACCGGUUAGUCCGUCGGUGCUCAAAGUGAACGGAGACCAGUGUCUGCUCUACGAUGGCCUGCAGCUCAAAGCUGGAGGAUCGCUGUCUUUCUCUUAUGCUUGGGAUUCUCCUUUCAAUCUUACUCCCAAAUACAUUCUCCCCAUGGGUUGUUAA